AUGGCGCACGGGAGGGUGAUGAGGUGCGUGUUCCUGGCGUGCCUGGUGGCGGCGUCGGUGUCGUCCACCGCGUCCGCGUUCGUGUUCAAGGCGGGCGGCACGGGCGAGUGGCGCGUGCCCGCCGCGGCCGCUAGCGGCACCGGCAACGUCAGCGCGUACAACGCGUGGGCGCAACGCAACCGCUUCCGCGUGGGUGACGCCAUCGCUUUCACGUACCAGCCCGGCAACGACUCGGUGCUCCUCGUCGACAAGAGGUCCUACGACGCCUGCGACACGAGCGCGCCGAUCGACACCUUCGCCGAGGGCAGCACCGUGUUCACCUUCACCCGCUCCGGCCCCUUCUACUUCAUCAGCGGCAACAAGGACAACUGCAACCGCGGCGAGAAGCUCAUCGUCGUCGUCAUGGCGGAGCGCGCGGCAAUCGGUAACGGCACCGAGCCUGGCGCGGGGCUGGCGCCGUCCCCCAACGGCCCAUUCUCGUCAUUCUCUCCGCCGCCACCCUUUGGCAUCGACAUCUCGCCGACGGCCGCGUAUCCGCCACCAAGUGCCGCGGCGCCCAGGAUGGCAGGAGUUGCCGGCACCGCCGCGUUCGCCAUUGGAGCCUUGUUCUACGCGCUUGUUUGA